AUGGGAGCUGAAUUGCAAUUGGUUAGUUGCUUUGUUAGUGCACUAGCCGUUCUCAUUUUGUUGAACAUUGUCCACUGCAACCAAAAGCCAGUUCCGGUGUACUAUCCAAAUCGGAUUGUGUUCACAAACGAUACAAAAUCAUUUAACGUGCGUGUAACUCGUUUUAUCUGUACGGAAACACCGUACGAAGUGUCGGUACUGCUGCAGUGUAAAACUGUCCUACGUCGCAACAGACCGACAUUCUUCAACCUAUCGUUUCAUGUACCGGAGGUGUUGAACAAAAUGUAUUUUCAAGUGAAAACAUACUACCGUUUAAACGAUUAUCAAGAGUUUCCAAUUAACAUUCUAAUCGAAGUUUGUGCCUAUUUUCGUAACCCAUCGGAGGACAUCUUUUCGCGCCAUCUUAUGUCGAUAAUGUUGGAAACGAUACCGCAUCUCAUCCACUACUGUCCACAUGGGAACAAAACGUACCACGCAGUUUACUGGCUGGAGGAUAAAUUCUUUCCCAAGUCCAUGCCGGCCGGCGACUAUCGGCAGGAUGUGUGGUUCCGGAACGAGCAGAACAAAACCUUCUUUGCCUAUCAAGCGUACUUCUCAGUCCGGCGAAUGGGUAUAUGGCGAUCUUUACUCGAAUGGUAG